AUGGCAUUUUUUAUACCUUUUAUAAUAGGAGUUGUUGCUACUUACGCAACUAAAAAAGUCGUUGACAAAGUUGUUGAUUCUAGUAUUCCCAAGAACAGUAGUAAUCCACCUACAAAUACCCAGCUCCAACAACAAGAAAUAUUGAAACCUAUCACCGAUAGAUUGGAUAACUUAGAUAAAGACAUUGCUGAUAAAAUCAAAGAGCAAUUAGGUGACAAACAAAUGACCCCGCGAGAGAAAAAAGAGCAAUUAGAAAAGAUUAAAAACAUGAGCAAGGAAGAAAAAUCGGAGUUAUUGAGUCAACUAAAAAGUGAAAAUUCGGCUGAACAGGAAACAAUAAACAAGGCUCUAAAAGAUAAACUAGACAAGCAGGAUAAGCGGAAUAUUCAAUUAGCUGAGGAGUUAAGAAAAGCCAAAGAAAAUAGUGAUCCCGUACAAGUUGCCAAAAUUACCGCCAUGAUGAAAGAUAAUGAUAAAAAUCAGCAGUCCACUCGUUUAGCACUAAAAAAAAGUGAAGAAGAAGCCAAAAAGCAAGCUAAAUUAAUUGAAGAAUAUUUUAAAUCAGUUGAGCAAGAUAAACCCUGA